AUGCAGGAAGAUCAACUGUCGAGACUGGCAUGCGAUCGCUGCUAUCGGCGGAAGGCACGAUGCGACAAGGCUCUGCCCUCGUGCUCCACGUGCAUAAAUGCCGGUACGGCAUGCUGUUACAACGCGCGAGGUGGCCUAGGCCGCGGCGACGUCUCGGAGACCCUAGAACGUCGUCUGCGGCAGCUGGAGAACAAAAACCGCGUCCUGUCGAAACGGCUCCGCGAAGCCCAACUUGCUGCAAGAGCGGCCGGUGAGACCACUUCGAGUGAGGUCUUGGACGCGGCUGGCGAGAUGAUGGAUAUGCCGGAUGACAAUAAUGAGGGAGCAGAUAAGAGCGAGGCGGAAAACGACAACGAAGUCGCUAAGGAAGUGUACUCCCUCUCCCUUCACGCUGGCCGGCCCAGGCAGUAUCUGGGCUCGGCCAGCGGUGCCAUUCUAGCAAAUCUCUUCGCUCUUAGCCGCCGACCAGGCCGCAUCGGUGGCGACAGCAACAAUAACGACGACGACGAAGACUAUUUUCGCCGUUCCGCCGCGGCUAACGGACAGAGGUACAGCAGUCCGGAGAUGGCCAAAAGCGCUUUGCCGGCCGAACCACUAGCACGAAGUCUUUUGGCCGCGUACCUAUCGCAUGACCACCUGGCCUUCCCCUAUCUCCAUCCAAAAAAGCUGAUCAACAGCCUCAUCUCGAUGUAUGCGGAAGAAAAGUACUAUGAAUCUCAUCCCGUGGAAGCAUUUGCCCUGGACAUGAUCUUCGCUAUUGCUACCGUCCAAGUCCACAGAUUCUCCUGGCAAUCGCUCCCUGAUGCGGAAACGCACCAUGAGCGCGCGAUCUCGAAACUGGGCGUCGUUCUUGAAUCGGGAGGUUUGAUUGCUUUACAGACCAUCAUGCUGCUGUGCCAAUACCGAAUGUUGAGCGUAUCUUACAGCAAUUCAGCGAGCCUGUGGCACUUGCUAGGCAUGGCAACGAGGCUGGGCAUUGAGCUGGGUCUCCAUCGAGAGGCCGUCUACCGCCUCCCUGCUGGCCUAUCACCUGCCGACGAGGACCACGUCAGGCAGGAACUCGACAUUAAGCGCCGCUGCUUUUGGUCUCUUUUCCAGAUGGACCGAAUCGUCAGCAACACCUUGGGUCGGCCUAUGUCGAUCAAUCUUGUCGAGAUCGAUACCGAACAUCCCGCCGUCGAGGACGACGGAGAGGCUUCUUGGGGUCCCUCGCCAUCCGUAGAAGACAUAUUGCAGUAUCCACACUGGCCAGCGAACACUAAAAUCUUCAACCACAUCACCUGGCACCGCAUCAUCACUGGCAAAAUUCUCUCAGACCUUCACAAUGUGCCUAAGAGCCGGAUGCCGGAUCCGCAGACCAGCAUUGCCAUCAAAAAGCAACUUGCCGAAGAAUUGGACCAAUGGAAAACCGGCGUGGCCUCGUUGCCUCUGGUCGAUGCCUCUGCUACUAGAAUCAAAGACAAGUCGAACUACAGAACGCGCGAGUGGUAUAAUCUCCUGUAUCACAACUGCAUUCUGAUGUUGCAUCGCCCCAUCCAUUCCUUGCAGGACAUCCCUCAAACAUCAGAGGUCCUGACCCAGAUUUACUACUUCUCCCAGCAGUCAAUCUCCUCAUACGCCGAUCUGCACAAAGCUCGCAAGAUCAACUAUGCUUGGGUCACCCUGCACGCCGUCUUCCUGGUGGGACUCUCGUACGUGUACGCACUCCGGACUCAUUUUCAGAACAAAAGACGUGAAAUAAAGGGCCUGGGGGACGGGUGGCCUUCGCCUGCUCGAGCUCUACUGACCCUCGAGCCGAGCAUCAGCCAAAUCGUGAGUGAUAUGAGGGCGUGUUCGACGGUGUUGGUCGCCCUCUCGGAACGCUGGAACACGGGCAGAGGUUGUCACGAAGUCUUUGCCAGGCUUUCAGACGCCGUGCUAACUGAUGCCUCCGAGUACUUUAUGGGCACCAAAAUUCAGACCAGGCCCUUGCCGAACCAGGAGGGGCGACUGAACAGACAUCUUCCCUCUGGGGAGCAAGCCUCUCAGCAGGCUUCCUGGCCCUUGGUCAGCAGUGACUUCGACCCCAACUACCAAGACUAUUUUGGUGGAUUUCCGGAACUAUUUGGAGACCACUGUGACGACAACAUCUUCCUUCACCCGCAGUUUGGCUGGAACUUUGAGUCAUAA